GAUAGGGUGUCUUUUCCACAUCAAACUCGUGUGACUCUCUUAGCGAUAUUUGGAUUCUUUUAGUACUUUGAAGUAGAAUCGCUCUUCUGCCUAGAUUGAGCCAUCGCGUAGGCGUUCCAAGUCAAGUGUCAGAAAGUAGAAGCGGUAUAUUAUUUUUAGGGAUGCAUGGAAUAGAGGCCAUAAAUUUGACACUCCACUCCAUCCAAACAGGCAUCUGGCUGUGUCAUUGGCCCGUUUGGGUAUGCAAAUAAGGUUUUCCCCAACCACACCGUCUGAGUUGUACAUUCAUCCCAAAUUCUUGUCCACAUCUACCUGGUCUCCUUAGUACCAUCCACCCAGAUUUUGUGCAUACGCAUUGGACGAUCUCACCACCUCCUGCACUAGACAAUUGGCUGUGGAGUCCGUCAGCGUGGACGACCUGCCCGACCACCCCGAUCAGCCUCAUGGAGGGCACAAACCUGCAGCGGCCUGGUGGACGGCAGGAAUGGGCCGAGGAGCGCGAGCGCGAGCGCGGUGCAACCACCAACGACCUCCUCAGUAGUGAUCGUGACCGUGACCGCGAUGUCUCUCUAGAGACGACCAGUGCAAGUCCAGCGAGAUCAGGAAGCUCUCCGGCCGGUGCGAAGCGAAGAGAUGGCAAGAAUUCCGUGGUUCCCGGCCAGCGCUUCGCUUGCACGAGGUGCUCCAAGACCUACACGAGAAUUGAGAAUCUGACCCGCCAUCAAGCAAAUCGUACGUUCUCUCCUUGUCACCGUCGAACCAUGUGUAUACUUUGUAUGUUUUGAUCUGUAAGCGAUGUUGGGCACAAGUCGCUGUCAAUCUUCUCUCAUAAGAUGCUGGCUGGCAAAGAACCACUUAAAUUAGUCUGAAUUCAAACUCACACACAUGUUUUUGUUGUUGGACCAAAUUCGUGGGCCCGAAUCGCUUUGACCUUUAUAUUGUGUUUCUGGCAACACUGUACAAUCCCCGUACAUUACAUUAAUACCUGCUUACUUUCCACUACAGACGAAGGGGGCAAGUUCAAUUGUCCAGUAUGCAGAAAAAGUUUCACGCGAAGUGAUCUCUUGAACCGGCAUCGCCGGAUCCAUAACUCACACCCAGACUCUAACAACACUAGCGAGAAUUCCAAUGACUUUCCAUCACCUUCAAGAUCAGCGGGAUCUUAUGAGGGUGGUGGCACGCCGAUAAAGCAAGAGACGAGAGGGGGUCCGCUUCCUUCUCCAAACAGUAUCCUUCAAGGCCAAUAUGGAGAAGCGCACCAUCAACCCCCUACCUCUAACUACCAAGCCCCCUUUCAGCAACCGACACCCCAUAGUGAUAGUCUACCAAUGAUGUGCCCGGGAGCCCCCAAUCAAGAUCUCAACGACCUUAUGGAAGCUGCUCUUGCCUCUCAAGAUACAUUAUCUUUUACUCCCGUGGAAAAUUUCAACCCGAAUCUAUGGGGUGGCUUCAUGUUGUUUGCCGACAAUUCAAAUUCUUAUAUGGGCUCAUACGAUGCUGACAUAUCAUGGACACUGAAUUCACUUCAUUCGGAGGGCUCGCCAACGAAUUACCUCGACGAUCCAAACUUUGGGGAUUUCGUUUUAAAUCCAUAUCAGUACCAGGCGGUCUCUUAUAGGCAAGACGAUGUAAGCGCCUUGGACGCUGAUGAUGCCGUAGAUGAGGAUAAAAAUGACUGGCCCGACAAACCAGAUAGCCAACUACCUCGCGCGCCUCGUGUUGUGCCACUCCAUCUGAUACCAACAUCAUGGCAAACAGUUCUGGAAGAAGCAAGGUCGAUUCUAUUCGCUCCGAAUAUUGUCGGGGCAAUCCGACCUGUCAACGAACCACUCCGAAACGAACUCAUCUGUGCUCUUGACGACCCAACCUUUAGAAAUCCAUUGUCCAAACCUCAAAUCAAUGAUGCCAUGUUUCCACCUGCGGAAGUAAUCGAGUUCUUCCUUCAUAUGUAUCUGCAGCACGUACAUUCCCGUUUUUCUGUUCUUCAUCUCCCAACUUUCGAUAUCUACAACACUUCACGACACUUAUUACUGGCCAUGUGUUUUCUAGGCUCUAGUCAUUCUAGAAUGGAUCGAGGUAGAUUUUCAAGAUUAUUCUAUGACCACCUCAGGCUUGCUUUCCUACGCUCCUCGGAGAUGGAUCCAAAAUCUGUAAGUUUUCAAACCCCCAACGUAAAUCGCCUCUUUUAAGUGCUAAUGCAAUUUUGUUUAGCUCAGGAUUACUGACAACAUUUUGACGUCUUUCUUGUUGUGCAUGACUGGCACAUGGAGUGGCAGUAAACAAUCCUAUGAGUUUGCGGAGGGUGCCCGUGGAACACUCGUCACUACUAUGAGACGAGCACGGCUUCUUGAUUGCCGUCCGUCGUCUCGAAUAUCCGUCGAAAAGUACAAAGCCCCUGGAGUAAGUGAGUGGGAUGCUAUUUGGUUUGCGUGGGCCGAAACCGAGAAACGAAAACGACUAGGCUUAUGUAUAUAUGUGAGAAACAUUUCCACCGCAAAUUUUGAUAGUUGAAAACUUGGAGCCUCACUAACAACUCCCAGAUGUUCGACUGUCAAUGGUCAGCACUCUUCAACUGCCAACCAUAUGUCAGCAAAUCCGAAACCACAAACUGUGUCUUCCCCUGUGCCGAAGAUCUCUAUGAAGCCCCUACAUCAAUAACCUGGAGACAUCUCAUCAAUGAGCCAAACAGAUCAGCCUCAAGCUACUACCUGCACGCUCUGAACGCCUGUCUCCUCCACAAAUGGGUCAAGCCCGCGCCCCCGAUCGUAGACACGGGCAGCGACUUUGGAAAAAUGGUUCUCAUCUACGCAAUCCAUACCCACAUCUUCGAAUGGCGACAAUCAACCAGUAUGCUCAACCCAACGGGGCUCAUGGGAUCCUUUGGCAACUCGGCCCUCCCCAUUGGCAAAGGGCUCCAGGAACGACGACAAUGGCUCAUCGAUGGCCUGGACAGUUUCCAAGACUGCUACGGCCAUUCCGGCGUCUCCACCGCGACCACCCUCCUCCACCGUCUCGCCUACGUCGCUCUCGACGUCAGUCUCAGCGACAUGCAUCUCGUGGCCGGUCGCUCGAAUAACCUCCACGACGGCAACUUCGCCGAGGAGAACCUGAAGCACUGGGCCAACUCGGAGAUGGCGGGGACCACCAUCGGCCAUGUCUUUGCUAUGCUGGAUCUGUGUCAUCGCACGAUUGAGUAUGGGAAUGUGGCGGAGGCUUCGUAUGAAGUUGCUGUUUGUCUGCUUACGGGGGGUAUCAUCUGUUGGGCGUACGCGAAAUUACGGGUUGGUAGUCAGACGAACGAGUGUGUGGAGCGUGUUAGGAGGGCCGCAGUGGGAUUGAAGGGGAUGGGGUGUUGGAGGAUGUGUAGCACGUUUGGACGGAUUUUAGAAGGGUUUGAGGUUGUAAAAUGAAGGCGGCGUGAUGGGGGGAUAUAGUAGAUGGGGUUUUGAUGUUUGGACUUUUUCUUGUUGGAUUUGUUUGUUGAGGUUUGAAUUUGGUUGAUUGGAUUGGUGGGCGGCUCUUUACAGUUAAUUCUUCUUUUCUGGGUGCUUUUGUUGGUUUUGGAGUUCGAUUCGGUUGGGUUUGGGAUAUAUGUGAAGGGGAUGGGGUAGGGGUAGGUGGUAGGUGAGAAGGGCGCAAUAUAUAAAGGAAAGGAACGGAAUAUCCUUUAGCUGCUGCGGCUUGGUUUCAUGUUAGGAUUGGUUCGCCACUGCCAUAUAUUUAUUUUAGAGAGUAUAGAGUUUUAGUGUAAUUUUGUGAAUUUACUGCUUUUUCUUUUUUUCUUUUUUUGUUUUUUGUAAGAGGUAUCGGUUAUAUACAGAGUGUAUAUAAGACAGUGGAAGUGGGAUGGUCAGAUGACUGUUAGGUACAUCGGGAAUCAAAAGAGUAAGAAUUUGACUUGUGA